GACCAUAAGACGCACCUAGGUUUUAGAGGAGGAAAACAAGAAAAAAAUAUUCUAAACCAAUGGACUGCAGACAUAGUACAGGAAAUGACCAGAGACUGCGGACACAGUACAGGAGAUGACCAGAGACUGCGGACAUAGUACAGGAGAUGACCAGAGACUGCGGACAUAGUACAGGAGAUGACCAGAGACUGCGGUCACAGUACAGGAGAUGAGCAGAGACUGCAGACAUAGUACAGGAGAUGACCAGAGACUGCGGACAUAGUACAGGAGAUGACCAGAGACUGCGGACAUAGUACAGGAGAUGACCAGAGACUGCGGACA